UGGAAACUAUAUUGACAAAGUACGUUGUUCUAAUUUCACCAUCAAAUAAUUCCAUAGUUCUUCUUAACUGAGUAUUUCUUCAACUUCCCACCAAUUGUAAAUCCUUUAAUGUUUGGGUUACAGAUGUGCAAAAUAUGAAAGGCCUGUAAACAUCACUUCACUCAUAAAAUAAAGUCACCUGUCACAGACACCAAGUUUCUUUGUCACGUGUCAACUAGAAAUGGUCCAGCCUCAUGUUCUCUGAUGAUGUAUCACACAGUAAUAUAUGUUAUUGGUAUCAGUCAUAAUGUAUGAAUGAAUUAUCUGAAUGUGAUCAGUGGAACAGAAGUUUUUUCCUCAGAGAAAGAAUUCCUGGUUCUCUCUCUCUCUUUCUCUCUCUCGCUCUGUGUUUGUGUUCUUUUUCCAGUUUACGCCCACCAUCCAAAAUAUGCAGACUGGAGAUUAGGUCAACAUUAACCUAAUCUUUAAACCAGUUUGUGAAAAAUAGUAUACAAAUAAGGACUAUCUCUUAUACAGCAGUUCCAAAACUUUUUUGGCCAUGCAUAUCCCAACCAGGUUGACGCACAAGCAACAAACUUUCUUAUAAAGAAGCAUCCUGAAAUGACCAGAACACACAUAUACUGUAAGGCACACGCACACACACAUAUACGACCUGCAUUUAUGUAUUAAUUAAAACAUCUAAUUCUGGUUUAAAAUUUAACAAAACAAAUAUUUAUUUACACGUCUUCAUUGUGUGGAGAAAUCCCACUCAAAACACUAUAAACUACCAUCACAUUAUGUAUCUCACACACCUCCCAGUGACACCUCCAAGGGGGCACGGACCACACUUUGGGAAGCCUUGUGUUAAUAUAAGAUGUAGAUGAUGAAGACAAGUCUGACUGACUCAGGUUCCUCUCAAACAUCUUUGUUAUUAAGUACGCAAGUGUCUAAUCACAAACGCUAAUUCUUGAUAAUGGACAAGGAAUUAAAUCAAUGAGGAAACUAAUCAUUAAGAAACUAGUAUCAAUAAUAGUAUCAUAAUCAGUCAAUUCUUAUCAAUUUCCAACAAGUGAGUAACUACUCAAACAAAUCCUUUUAUUUACAUUUUAGAUAUUGGAUGAUGGCUUGAUUGAUGGACUGUUUUGAUUGCUUGCCACAUCACUGUAUCAGUGAGGUCAGCUGCCUCUGAAGGCGUUUACCACCCAGAAGCAUUUAUAAGACGCUGUUUGAGAUCAAGCAGCAUCCACAUGAAUGUGAAGACUAUUUGUGAAAGUGUGUGUGUGCAUGUGUGUUCAUGACACUCUGACAUCAGGAACUGUACAACUCAAAUCCAUUAAGACAAUCCAUUAAGACAAAUCCAUGAUGCCGGUGAUCAGCAAGAAUGACGAUGCUGCUGAACUCCACCAAUUUCUCUUAUUUUAUUCUGGCUGCUUAUUUUGACACCGGACUCUUCAAACACCUGAUCUUCCUGUUGAUUCUGUGUCUGUAUGUGUUGAUCAUUGUCUCCAACCUGCUGUUGAUUGUUGUCAUCUGUAUGAACAGGAGUCUACAUGAACCUAUGUACCUGUUCCUGUGCAGCCUGUUUGUGAAUGAACUGUAUGGAGCCACAGCUUUGUUUCCAUUUCUACUGACUCAGGUUCUCUCUGACAUUCACUCAGUUCCUCGUUCUCUCUGUUUCCUGCAGAUCUUCUGUCUUUACUCUUAUGCCAGCAAUGAAUUGUUUAACUUAGCUGUCAUGUCCUACGACCGUUACCAUGCUAUAUGUUUCCCUCUGCAGUACAACACACACAUGACAUUUAAGAAAGUGGCUACACUCACUGCUUCUGCCUGGUUCCCUGCUGUCUUUUUACCCUCUGUCACGAUCGUCCUGAGUUCAUCUCUGCAGCUGUGUGGAAACAUCAUCAACAAAGUCUACUGUGACAACUACCACAUUGUCAGAUUGUCCUGUGGAGACAUAACGGCAAACAACAUCUAUGGUCUGUUUGCCACAACCCUAACAAUCUUGGUUCCUCUGAUCCUGAUCCUCUUCACCUAUGUGAGGAUUUUUAAAGUCUGUUUCUCUGGCAGUAAACAGACCAGACAGAAGGCUCUCAGCACCUGCUCUCCUCACCUGGCCUCACUCAUCAACUUCUCCUGUGGGGCUUUCUGUGAAGUUGUCCAGAGCAGGUAUGACAUGAGCAACAUCCCUAAUUUUCUGAGAGUUAUUUUGUCUUUAUAUUUUCUGGCCUGUCAGCCACUGUUCAACCCCGUGAUGUAUGGACUCAACCUGUCCAAAAUACGACAUUUCUGUAAAAAUCUCUUCUUUUCUAGAGACUAGAUGAUUGGAUUUGUUCUGUCUGAAUGUAAAAAAAAAUGACAUACCUUUAACGCCUGUUCCCAAAAUAAAUAAAACAGAUGUCAUGUGAUACAUUCACAAUGCUGCACAAAAGGGAUGGUUAAAGUUUUCACUGAAAAAAAUGUCUAAACACAAAAGAUAAGGCCGAACCAGAAACACAGAGGAAAACCUGUGUUUUCUCCUACUUUUACCUUAAUAUUCAUCCAACCACUUAUUGAAUGACAUUGUGUGACAUCAAAUUCUUAUAAUAAUAUAUGACAAAAAAUGUAUGUGUUCCACAAAACUAUAACUCAAAAUGUAUCUUCACAGGUUGAUUCUAGUUACUGUGCAUCAACAACUAUUGAUCAGGAGGACGUGUUACUGUGGUUCGUCACUGUCCAGUAGUGUACAUACAUAAUAACUGUUAAUAUGAAGCUAUAAAAAGUCGAGUUCAGAGCAGAUGAACAAAACACAUGUAAUAACUUUGUGGAAUGCCAUCCAUCCAUCCCUCUUCGUCCACUUAUCCGUUACCGGGUCGCGGGGGUAGCAUCCACUCCAAUCACACUGCACAGUAGCAGCCCCUGGUGAACCUUCCUGCAGGUGGUGAGUCCACUGGAAGGCGCCAAUCGCCCUAACUGGGAUUCGAUCUUAUCAGGGG